AUGAGAAGUAGGGAAGUCAAAAAGCAACUCCUUUCACCAUUGGAUAUACCACAAACUGUACCAUCAUUAAAUUUGAAUAAUUUGAAUCACGCAGUUGAUACGUUUACUCCAAGCUUUUAUGAUUUGAAUGAUUUACCUAACUUAAUCCCAAUAUAUAACAACGAUGGAGGUAAAAAGAAAAAAUAUAUCAAAAGAAGAAUUGUUAGUGCUCCACCCGUUGUUGGGAACUUUUCAUUGGAUGUUAAUUCGAAUAAGAUUGAAAAAAAGGAUUUACCAGCCAUACCUUCUAUUGGAGCUUACAAUGAAAGGAGCCUCUUGCAGCCCAAAGUGAAACCAUAUCGGGACUUUAGCAUGCCUGUAAAUACCAAUAGCUGUUCUGAUCACUACUAUCAACAAACUUUAGAUCCAAAAAUAUAUACAGAAGAAACAACAAAUACUUCCUAUAAAUCUUCAAGCAAAGACAUUCUUGAUCCAACUCGGUUAUCAAGCAGCAUUAGUAAUGGAACAAAUCAUCAAAUACCAAGUACGAGAACAACUGCUAUACAACUGCUCGGAUCGUCAAACUAUAGUUUGUUGGACAGCUUAACCUCAAAAGAUGCACAACAUCUGUCAAUGAAAGAGUCGCCUGUUAUCCAUCCUGAGACUAAAGUAUUGCCCAAAGCGCGUACCAAGAAGCAAACUUUCUAUACACAGCCAAAUGCUCUUAAAGCGAUCUUGCCAGAGAAUUAUUAUUCAACCAGUUCUCGCAUUUAUUCAGAGUCGAGAUUCCCGAGAACUGUAGUGAAUCCUAAUAAAUUUCAUCAUGAAUCAACAAGGGCAACCUCCAAACUCCAACUGAGAGCUGUGUCUGAUCAAAUCAAUGAACAAUCUACGAAAUAUGCAUUGCCAAUAGCAAACUCAAUUCAAAGACCAAAUUCAGUUGAAAUGAAAAGACACAUAAGUGCUUUCAUUGGACGUUGGAAAACUAAAGAAAUUGAGAAAAAUAGUCACGAAGGUAAUGUAAGUAAAGCUAAAGAGCUACCGAGAAUCCCAAGUCAUUAUGAAAGAGAGAAUAGAUUUGGUAAUAGACAAUUAUAUACAUAA